GUCAGUGUUUGGUGCGAAAAUAUUCAAGAAGAACCUUAAGUUCAAUUUAAAAAUAUUUAAAUAAAUAAAUAAAAAUUGUUAAAAAACUAAUAAUUGACAAAAAAAAAUGCAUUUACCAUUUUUUAAACGUUACUCAGGCGAUUGUUGCUGUUGCGAAAGCAAUGCAGAUGAUGAAACUAUUUCGGAUAUAUCAUGGACACCCGGAGAAUCAACAAAAAAUAUCGAUAUCAACCAAAAUUUAAAUAUCAGUGAUAAUAGUGUAUCAACUAUUGUGGUAACGCAGCCAAGUGGUUCUGGAGCCGAAACAACUUCAGAAAGUACAGAAAGUAAACAAAUCGAAGAUAUAACAAUUGAUAUGCCUAAAAGUAUUGGUGAGAAGGACCGUUUCACCGAUAUGUCAGAAACUAUUUUUAAAAGAAUUACUUAAAUAUAAAUAAUUAGUAUAAAGCAUUAUUUGCUAAUGAAAUUUAGAGUACCUAAGAAAUUUGAAAUUUCAACGACUACACCCAA